UGUGCGUGUGUUUCUCUUUGGUAUGUGUAGGGGGCGAUGCUCGGCGAGCUGAACGGCAAGGUUGAGUUGAAGGCCAUUGAUUUUUCGGGCGAGAGGAGUGGGGCUGGGCUUCGGUAGUAAAUUGCAGUGGACUUGCGUACAACAACCUCUGAAGCGCUUCCUGGAUGAGUGAAAAUGAACUACUUUUUGAAUGAAAUGGGGUGAAAAAACAUGUCAUUUGAAGUCUAAGGACUUGUUUAAAGUAAGCUAUGGAAUGAAAUUUUAUCACAGGCAAGCAGAACUCUGUUUAUGGUUCUGCUUAAACGGGAGAGAAUGUUUGGACUUGCACUUAUGGAUGAGAUAGCUCCAGAAUGCUUUCUAGAAAAUCAUCUUUAUUUUCAUCACUUUCAUCAUGCAUAGCAAUUGCAGUCGUAGUGAUUGUGCUGAAUUUCAUUGGUUGUGGAAAUGGGUACCUGAUAAUUGUAUCAGAAGACGAACCACCUGGAAGUGUAAUAUUCAAUGCAACAUUACCAAGGCUUGGAUCCAAUCGCCAUUACAAAAUAAACACACACAAAAGUGCAAACUUUGUACAUAGGCUACUGCAUGUUGAUCAAAGUACUGGAAGAGUAUCCCUUCGAAGACAUCUUGACUGUGAUGGAAUAUAUUAUUCAAAUUUAUUCACUAUCUACAUUGACUCUUUUUCAAACCACACUCGUGGUGUUGAUUACUAUUCCUUGCCAUUAAGGGUAUUUGUGAAUGGAAAGAGGUGCCAACAACAGCAUGAUGAGACAGAGCAAGUGAAUUAUGACACUAGGAUUCAAUUAAAAAUUUCUGAAGCUAAGAAAUGGAUUAGUGAAACGUUUGCUUCAUAUGCAAUACCAGGCACAGAUGGUUGGAGACCAAUCUGCUUGCGGAAAAGCCAGUUCAUAAACAGCAUAGCAUCUUUUUUGCCAUUGACAAUCCACAAAAUGUGUCACAUUCAGUAUUUGGAUUCAAGUGAUCCACGUUUCUGUAUUGAAAAGUCUGCUGGUGAUUUGGUUUCCACUUGUGAUCAGUGUAUUGUUGAACCUCUGUGGAAGGUGACUGUGCGUCUGGAGUACAAGUGCAGUGCUGGUGGACAACCACAGGAUCAUAGGACCACCCGUGGUGUUGUUUCAGUUGCUGAGCAUCGUUUGAAGAUAGUGUAUCAUCAUCAAGAUUUAAAUGACACAGAUAUUGCUCACAGAGUGAGACGUGAAUUGAGAAACCAGUCGCCAUAUUUUGAACAGGCUUUGUACAUUGCAUCUGUAAUGGAGGAAAAGCCUCCAGGAACAAUGGUUAUAACAGUUAAAGCAAGAGAUCCUGAGAAUUCACCAGUUAGUUACUCAAUGGUUUCUCUUGUAGACUCACGAUCACAGUCAAUGUUUGCAGUUGACUCACGGUCUGGUAUGGUGACUACUCUGACCAGUCUAGAUCGAGAACUACUUGAUGUUCACUAUUUCCGUGUGACGGCAGUAGAUGACUCUUUCCCACCUCGCAGUGGCACAACUACAUUACAGAUAAAUGUUCUCGAUGCCAAUGAUCAUGCACCAGUGUUUGAGGCAAGUGAAUACGACGCAGCUGUUCGAGAAUCUGUGUCUGUAGGGUCAACUGUAAUUACUGUGCGAGCCACAGACCUGGACAUUGGAAGAAAUGGCCAAGUUGAAUAUUCCAUAGUGAGACAAGAUAGUGGUGGCACAGAAGAAGAAACUGAUGUCUUUCGGAUAGAUCCAAAGUCUGGCAUAGUGACAACACGUUCCGUAUUAGAUAGAGAACGUUCAGAAGUAUACACAUUAACUGUUAUGGCCACUGAUCAAGGCCUUCCCGUAAGUGAACGAAGAUCUUCUACAUCAAUGGUAGUCAUCAGAGUGCUUGAUGACAAUGAUAACUAUCCACAGUUUACAGAAAGAACUUACAGUGUACAAGUGCCUGAGAACAUCAAUUGGACAGUUAAUCCUGUGAUAGCAACUAUUAAGGCUGUAGAUGCUGACCAAGGAAAUAAUGCUGCUGUAAGAUAUGCUAUCAUUGGGGGAAAUACCCAGAAUCAAUUCAGUAUUGAUAGUCUUAGUGGAGAAGUGUCUCUGAUGAAACCUCUUGAUUAUGAGACAACUCGAAAUUAUAGACUGGUGAUACGCGCACAAGAUGGUGGAAGUCCGAGUCGUUCCAAUACUACACAACUAUUAGUUAAUGUGAAAGAUGUGAAUGAUAAUGCUCCAAGAUUUUUUACAUACUUAUUCCAAGAAUCUGUGUCUGAAAGUGUUCCAGUUGGAUUUAGUAUAGUGAGAGUACAGGCAUUUGACACUGAUGAAGGUGAAAAUGCUGCAAUACAGUACAGCAUAGCUCCCAGAGAUGAAGCAGGCAGGCCGGCAAGUGAUCUUCCACUCACUGUUGAUGAAAAGAGUGGUUGGAUAUACACAAUAAAAGAGCUGGAUAGGGAAGAGACUCCUCGUUACCAAUUUCAGGUUAUAGCUAAAGACGGUGGAACACCUCCAAAGAGUGCAUCGGCUAGUGUAGUUAUAACUGUACAGGAUGUUAAUGACAAUGAUCCUGUGUUUGAACCAAAACUAUAUGAGGCUGUAGUUUCUGAAGAUGAUCCUCCUGGAACGCCUGUGACAACUGUUACAGCUACUGACAAAGAUGAGAAUCCCAGGUUACAUUACGAUAUAUCUAGUGGCAACAUGAGAGGAAGAUUUGCUAUUACAUCACAAAAUGGCCAAGGUCUAAUAACAAUCGCACAAACUCUCGAUUACAAGCAAGAGAAGCGGUUUAUUCUGACUGUUACAGCUACUGACUCUGGUGGAAGACAGGAUACAGCUACAGUAUAUGUUAAUGUAACAGAUGCAAAUAAUUAUGCUCCAGUGUUUGAAAAUGCUCCAUAUUCAGCCAGUGUAUUUGAAGAUGCUCCUUUGGGAACAACAGUUCUAGUCAUAAGUGCUACAGAUGGAGAUGUUGGCCAAAAUGCACAGAUUACUUACACAUUAGGUACCCUCGAUGAGAGACAGUCUACACAGGAAUUUGCAAUUAAUCCUCAAACAGGUGCCAUUGUGACAACAGCGCUUUUAGAUCGUGAGAAAGUGAGUGGAUAUUUGCUAACAGUGACAGCAAAAGAUGGUGGUGUUCCUCCAUUGUCUGAUACAACAGAUGUGGAGAUAACUGUUGCUGAUGUAAAUGAUAAUGCACCAGUGUUUAGGAAAUCGUCUUACUUUGGUUCAGUACCUGAGGAUGCUGCAGUUGGUACAAGUGUUCUGCAGAUAUCAGCGACAGAUGCAGACAGGGGACUUAAUGGAAGAGUGCAGUAUGCUCUUAGUGAAGAAAAUGUGACUGAGGGUUCAUUUGCUGUUGAUCCAGCAAGCGGUGUUAUUCGAACUGCCAAAGCUCUUGAUAGAGAAAGUGUUGCUCAGUACGAUUUGAUCGCAUAUGCUUUAGACAAGGGCUCUCCAACAUUAUCGGGCUCUGUUCCUGUCACUAUUAAAAUAGAAGAUGUGAAUGAUUCCCCACCUGCAUUUGAAUCAGACAGGAUAGUGAUGUAUAUAAAAGAAAAUUCACCAAUAGGAUCCACAGUAGGAGAAAUUUAUGCACAUGAUCCAGAUGAAGGAGAGAAUGCAGUGGUACACUAUGCAAUAAUUGGUGGUGAUGAUUUUAAUAGUUUCUCCCUUGUAACACGACAAGGAAGUAACAAAGCAGAAUUGUUAACAAUGGUAGAUCUUGACUACGAGUCACCUCAUAAGAAAUUUGAUUUGAUAAUUAGAGCAUCUUCACCACCUCUGCGGGCAGAUGCACAUGUUGAAGUGCUGGUGACUGAUGAAAAUGACAAUGCCCCUGUUCUGAAAGAUUUUCAGGUUAUGUUCAACAAUUUUCGUGAUUGUUUUCCAAGUGGGGCCAUUGGCCGCAUUCCUGCAUUUGAUGCAGAUGUGUCAGAUAAGCUACAAUUUAAAAUUCUAAGUGGAAAUAAUGCAAAUCUUGUGCAUCUGAAUGAAAGCUCUGGACAGUUGUCAUUAUCUCCUCAACUUAAUACAAAUGUCCCAAAGUUAGCAACAAUGGAAGUCUCAGUUACAGAUGGAGUGAAUGAAGUGAAAGCACUUAUGCAGCUGACAGUUCGUCUUGUUACUGAAGAAAUGCUAUUUAACUCGAUAACAGUGCGUCUAAAUGAUAUGACUGAAGAGGCUUUCCUUUCACCUCUGCUCACAUUUUUCAUUGAAGGAUUAGCAGCUAUCAUCCCAUGUCCAAAGGAAAAUAUUUUUGUGUUUAGCAUACAGGAUGAUACUGAUGUUGAUGCAAAAAUCUUGAAUGUGAGCUUCUCUGCUCGGCGACCGGAUUUGAAUGGAGAUGAGUUUUAUUCACCACAGUUUCUGCAGGAACAAGUUUAUCUUAAACGGACUAUUUUGGCCAGGCUAUCAACAGUUCAGGUCUUACCCUUUGAUGACAAUCUAUGUGUUCGCGAGCCAUGCCUGAACUAUGAAGAAUGUCUGACAGUACUUAAAUUUGGCAAUGCAUCAGGAUUCAUUAGCAGUGAUACUGUUUUAUUUCGUCCAAUAUACCCAGUCACAACAUUUGCGUGCCGCUGUCCUGUGGGGUUUACAGGUAGCAGAGAACAUUACCUUUGUGAUACAGAGGUAAAUUUGUGUUACUCUAAUCCUUGUGGUAAUAAUGGGCAGUGUUAUCGGAAAGAAGGUGGUUACACAUGUGUGUGCAAACCUGGAUUCACUGGUAAAAGCUGUGAAAUAGACAUGAACAUGGACACCUGCCAGCCUGGUCUUUGUCGAUCACACUCUGUAUGUGCACCUCUGCUACGAGGUGGUUUUGUUUGUGAAGGAUGUGCACCAGCCAGGGCACCUAAUCACUUCACUCCACUUUGUGAACUUCGCAGUCGUAGUUUCAACAAAGCCUCCUUUCUGACAUUUCCAUCACUUAGACAGCGCCACAGACUCCACAUUAAACUUCGGUUUGCUACUCAAGCAGAAUCAGGCCUGUUACUAUAUAAUGGACGAUAUAAUGAGAAACAUGAUUUUAUUGCACUGGAGAUAGUGAAUGGUUCAGUUCGGUUCUCGUUUUCUUUAGGAUCAAAUGUCUCCAGUGCAUUAGUAUCUAUUCCAGGCGGUGUCACUGAUGGUAACUGGCAUUCUGUUGAAGUAGAUUAUUUUAACAAGAGUGCAACAUUAAAUGUAGAUGAAUGUGAUACUGCUUUGGCUGUAAAGUAUGGGGCUCAACUGGGUCCACAGUGGUCUUGUGCAAACUAUACACAUCAUUUUCUGGAACCAAGGUGUGCUAUUUUCACAGAGACAUGCUACAGAUUUUUGGACCUUACUGGACCACUUCAAAUUGGUGGCUUACCGUCUCUGCCAACACAUUUUCAAGUAAACAGCAAAGAUUUUAUUGGAUGUAUUAGUGAUCUAUACAUUGAUCAUAAGUUUAUUGAUCUUAAUGGCUAUGUUGCAGAAAAUGGAACAAUAGCUGGUUGUCCAGAAAAACGGUUUUUCUGUCAGUCAAAUCCAUGUAAUCACGGAGGGAAAUGUGUGGAAGGAUGGGGAACUUAUCUGUGUGAAUGCAGUGAAGGGUGGAGUGACAAAGACUGUAGUCGAGCUGUGAAACCACCUUGGCGAUUUCAAGGUGACGGAAUUAUUUCAUUCAAUCCUCUGCUCCGUCCCAUACAGCUCCCCUGGCUCAAUGCUCUAUCAGUCCGAACCUUACAGGAAGAUGCUUUCAUUAUGAGCAUUCAGAUUGGGCAGAACAACUCUGCAUUGCUAAGUCUUUCAGAAGGAUUUGUACACUACAGCUAUAAUGGAGAGAAGGUUGUGCUUCCAAAUGGUUAUGUGAGUGAUGGAAAAUGGCAUCAUGUGGAAAUAAAAUGGAUGAGUGGUGAAGUAUGGAUUAACUUGGACUAUGGGCAGAGAGAGACAACAGUGCCAAUCAGCAGUAAAAUUCAAGGACUCUAUGUUAAUCGAAUACAAAUUGGAGGACCUGAUUUGUCAUUCGGGAGUCUGACAACAGAUUUGGCAUAUUUUGAAGGGUGCAUACAGGAUGUGAGAGUUGGAACAACACAAUCAACACUGCAAAGGCCCACGGAAAAGGAAAAUGUGGCUGAGGGAUGUCUGGGUGUGGAUCAUUGUGCCCAGAAAGAUAAAUGUCCACCUCAUAGCACAUGUGUAGCUGACUGGGAGCAGUUUCGGUGUCAGUGUGAUUUAGGAUAUGUUGGUACAUCAUGUGUUGGAGUAUGUGAGAUGAAUCCCUGUGCCAAUUCAGCUCGGUGCAUCAAAGACAAUAAUCUCCCCCAUGGUUACCAUUGCCAGUGCAAUUCUAGUCAAUAUACAGGCCACUACUGUGAAGUCCCUGUGGACCAGCCCUGCCCUACCAGUUGGUGGGGUUUCCCUGUUUGCGGCCCUUGCCAUUGUGACACUAGCAAAGGUUAUAAUGCUGACUGUAAUAAGACAACAGGAGAAUGUUACUGCAAAGAAAAUCACUUCCAACCACCUGAUUCGGAACGCUGCUUUGACUGUGAAUGUUAUUCUAUUGGUUCAUUUGGAAAUCAGUGUGACUCAGUUACAGGUCAAUGCAGCUGCCGUACAGGUGUGAUAGGGAGGCGAUGUGAUUCAUGUCCAAACCCAUAUGCAGAAGUAACACUCAGGGGAUGUGAAGUGGUAUACGACGGUUGCCCUCGGAGUUUUGCUGGUGGUCUAUGGUGGGAACGCACUAAGUUUGGACACAUUGCUCUAGAAUCAUGUCCUAGUCAUUCACAAGGCAAAGCUUCUAGAGCAUGUGAUGAAGAGUUGGGAGGUUGGCAAGAACCAGAUUUAUUUAAUUGCACAUCAGACCCUUUCCUCGAUUUGCGGAAAGUGCUGAUGCAGCUAGAGGGAGGGGACUUGAGUGUAACAACAUUUGUUGCAAUAAAGGUUGCAUCUGACCUACAUCGUGCAACCAAUAAAACAGAGAUGUUGCAUGGAGCAGAUGUCCUCAUAUCACAACAGUUGCUAAGAGAGCUUAUGAUGCAUGAAACUAAUGAAAAUGGUCUUAAUCUCACACACAGUCAAGACAAGGAUUAUAUCAAGAAUAUGGUGGAAACCACAAGUAUCAUUUUAGAUUCCAAAUAUGAGGAACAUUGGGAACGCAUUGAAAGCCUAACUGGAGACACUGCAGAAGAUCUGCUCCAGUCUGUUGAUAAAUACAUUGCUACAUUAACCAAAAGUCAACAAGACACUUACACAGAUCCAUUUGAAAUUGUUGCUGACAAUAUGGUUCUGGGUUUGGACAUUGUGACAGCUGAAAGCCUGUAUGGUUAUGAGACUGUAAGCAAGACUGCAUUACCUGGUAGCAUGGACCCGGGAGACAGGCGUGUAGUAAUACCAGAUACUUCACAGUUUCUUGUGUCCCCAUUACAGUCUUCAUCUGCUUCAAGUCUGAGUGGAGGGUUACGACUUACAGGUGACCCUAGCAGGUCUAGCCCUCUUCUGGCGUUUCCUAAAUAUAAUAACUAUCUGCUUGAUCGCACCAAGUUUGAUACCUUUUCAAGAGUUUUUAUACCAUUAGAUCUACUUGGAAUAAAGCAGCUUGAUGAAGGGGAACUGACUACACACACAAGCUUUCUUGGUAGCAGACAGGCAGUACUGAGUUAUGCAGAGUAUCGCAGUGUAGGUACAUUGCUGCCUGAAAGAUAUGAUGAGACUGUUGUUCGAAGAUGGGGUGUUGAACUACGUGUUGGAUCACCUAUAAUAUCUCUUGCAAUAUUGGUACCAGUUAAUGACCAAGGUUCUGAUAAAAAGUACAAAUCAUUGACAGACAGUGGUCCUCUGCCUUCUCCUAUACUGCUAAGAAUGUGGCUGGAUACAGAUAUUCAACCAAUCUCUCCUCGUAUAAAUCCACAGUGUGUCCAUUGGAGUACUGUGAAAGGGAUUGGUGAAUGGUCACGAUCUGGCUGUUUGACAGACAUACCUACUGACUGGACAAUUUCUAUAACCAGGCCAUUUCUUAUUAAUUGUACCUGCAAUCACCUAUCAAUAUUUGCUGUUCUUGUAGAUAUUGUUGAUCAACAGUAUGUACCUGAACCAUCUAUUGGAGAAGAUAUUGCAACUUAUACGGGGUUCUGCCUUUCUUUAAUGAUUCUUCUUGUGUCAUUAAUUACAUUAUCCCUACUUCGUGGUGUGGCAACAAAUUCCAACUCAAUUCAUCAAAAUUUGAUACUUUGUGUGUUUUUGGCAGAACUUUUAUUCUUUGUAGCUUUAAAAGCACGCCGAACCAUAGUGCAGAAAGAGGUGCCCUGUAAAUUGAUUGCAAUGUCACUGCAUUACCUGUGGCUGACUGCUUUUAGCUGGACAUUAGUAGAUUCACUGCAUUUAUAUCGAAUGCUCACUGAGAUGCGUGAUGUAAAUCAUGGGCAAAUGCGAUUUUAUUAUAGCAUUGGUUAUGGAUUACCAGCUGUUAUUGUUGGGUUAUCGAUUGGUGUAAGAGCUGAUCAGUAUGGAAAUAUUUAUUUUUGCUGGCUGUCUCUGUAUGAAUCUGUUAUAUGGAGUCAGAUUGGACCUAUUUGUGUUUUUGUCACAUGCAACGUGGGGAUUUUGAUGCUUUCUAUUCGUGCUGCAUUUACUUUGAAGGACCAUGUUCUUGGAUUUGGAAAUUUACGGAUGCUGCUCUGGCUAGCUGUAGUGGCUCUACCACUUUUGGGAGUUGCUUGGGUUCUCUCUGUUAUGGCUGUUAAUGAGAAUUCUCCAUUACUGUUCUACAUGCUGUCAGUUGCUGUAGUCGUCCAUUCUACAUUUGCUCUUGGUGGUUACUGCUUCUUGAAUGUGCGUGUGCGUCGAAACUUGCAAGUUGCCAUCCUUCAGUGCAUGGGCCACAAAGUGCCUCAAGAAGUUUCUGAGCAAACUAGCAGUCAGCCAGCUAGUUCGGGUCAUGCUUCUCGAUCAGCUCUGGCAUAUCACAGCAGCUCCAUAGAUGUAGCACGCCGCCAUAUUGGCAUCUCGACAUCCAGUACGACAUCCCGCUCUACAACAAAGACUAGCAGUAGCCCAUACAGGAGUGAUACACAGUUGCGUAACACAUCAACAAGUACAAGUAAUUAUAACUCGAACAGUGAUAUGCCAUCAUAUGUGAGAGGAUUUGAGCCAGGCCUUCACAGACAUGGAGACAUUUUGGAAGAAAGUCCUGUUAGAGAACGUCAUCGAGAAUCAGAUUCAGAGUCGGAAGUAUCAGUAGAUGGUCGCAGUCUGGAAUUGGCUUCAAGCCAUAGCAGUGAUGAAGAGGAAUCUUCCAGCAGGCAGCAACACCGUGAUGUUGGGGUGUCCACUAUUGGCAAAACAGGUUAUUUGCCUAACAUUUGUGAAGAUGCUGGAAGUGCAAGAGCUUCUCCAGCAAUGAAUCGUGGGAAUAACACCAAUUUUAACAGAGGGACAAUGCAGUCCCCACCAACACUAAAUAUAAUAAACAACAGUCAGCUUUUUCCUAACAUAAAACCCAUGUAUGCUCCUCAUUGGUCUAGCCAGCUUCCAGAGGCAUAUCUUCCUAAUAACAUGGUGGAUUCUGGCCUGCAAACAAACCAGUGGUCAGCAACCCCCUCAGACAAUGAAACUUCAUCGCCCAAUCCAUUGCCACAUCCAGAUUCAGUCCAACUGCACAAAAUGGUAGCAUCGCAAGAAAAUUUUCACGAUGUAGACCAGUGCUCUGAAACGGAGGAGAAGUUGCAUCUAGGUGACAAGUACCUUUUUCCCUAUACAGCUGAAGAAGACCACACUACGUACAUUGUACCUCUUUCAGGAAGAGUUCACCCACAAACUGAAGCACGUUCAUCACCUAGCCCCUUAUUACGACCUCCUGCUUUGAAUGAUCCUAAUGUGAUCUCAGAAUCUGAGAAGGAUAUGAGUGAGACACCAGUUUGAAUAUUCUGUUCAAAGACAGGACAAUGGACAUGAUCUGUCAUGUGGAAGACAUACAUGUAAACACUACUCCUUCCUCUGCUUACUUUCUUUUUCUCAACAAUGGAGAGUCUGCAGUAUUUUAAUUUCUAUUUAUUUUAAAAAGUUUAAUAAGAGAUAUGUAUCUCUCAAAAUUAUGCAACAAGCAAAUUUGUGUUUAGGCCUGCUUGUCUCUGUUGGGGAAGAAGAUUACCUUAGCCGAACUGGUAUUUUAUCAUUAAGUGCCAUAAAGUAAGUGGUCCCUAUGUAGGAGUUGUAGCCCAUCAUAAGAGAGGAUUUUCACCCCAUCAUAAGAGAUAUUUCUCUUGACUACUAUGUAGUGAGUGAGCAAAGUGAGAACAUUAUGCUUUGGUUCUUGCACGUUACAUGGUUGCUUCUGUGCAGAGUAUUUCACAACGAAAAACUUUAUACACUUUUACUCUCAAAUACAUAUGUGACUGCCAGUACCUAACUGUGAUAUUGUUUGUACGCUACCAUUGUGACAAUGAAGAAAAAUAUCUGCAUCCUAUGUGGCUGAAAAGCAAGCAGUGAAACAUCUGCAGUGUUCAGUGAAAAGCCAGCAGUCAAGAGUCUGUAGCAUUUUUAAGAAGAUAUUUCCUUUGUUGGCCUGAGCAUUACAAAAGUGCUGUAUAACUGGGCCAUCUAAGGCUUAUGUUGCAGGUUUUGAACAAUAAAACAGCUGAUUGUGUGUGGAGUUAGGCAUUGUUCAGAUUUUGAAACUGGCAUCCUCAGAUAUUUGUUUCGCAUGCUACUGAACAAUCAGUACACACACUAGCAUUUAUAAAUAAUACUUUUUAACUUUUAAAGCAUAGCAUUAUUCUGUGAAUUUCCUCCUUCAAAGAAAAGUGUUAGAUGUGUGGUCCUCUAGUGUAAUGAGGUGACAGUCAACACACACAAAAAAGUGUCAUUGUAAAACUUAUUAAAUGGUUAUGAAUGUGACAAUUGUAAUGAAAACCUGGGCAGAUAAUUUUGUUCAUCCAUUGAACAUUGCAUGAAUAACAGUCAGAAAAUGUGCAGAUGCCAGCACAGGCUGUGACCAGAACGUUAUUAAUAGUGCAAAACAAUCGGUAUGCACACAUGAAAAUUAGUAUAUAUCUUUUUAAUUACCACGAUGUCAACUAAUUUAGCCCUGGAACUCUUGAGUAACAUUGUUCUGCUAGGAAAGUAAAAUCUGAACUAAAAGAAUUGCUAUCAGAAUGGAAAUGAACUAACAUUUGAGCAAAAAAGAACAGUUUGUAUUUAAAGAAUGCUUGCAUAACAGAUGUAUCAGACAACUAUUGUUUCUUGCUAGGAUAUGUAGUUUUCAAUCCGAAUUAACAUUUAUCAUUUUAUACUGAGAAUGAUAUGAGGUAAAUUACUUCUUUUGGUUGGUGUGUUUGUAUUUUGUCUUUUGUGAUUGUAUAUAUUCUUAUGUUUCUCGUAUGAACUCAUGUCUUCUGUGCAUUUUCACCUGAGAACUUCAUACUAUAUCGUCAGUAUUUACAACUUAACUUGCAUGUUUUUUAAAAUCAAAAUUGUAUAUUUUCUAGUAUUAUUUGAAUUUUUUAAUACAUGGAAAUUGUGUGAUGUACUCAACAAAUAUUUUUAAUAUUGGCUUGUACUAAAGUAUAAUUUUAAAUUUUAUGAGCAACAUACAAAAUCGAAUAUUUUUGUAAAUUCUGGGUAGAACACUAAUGCAGACAUUAUAUUCAAAGCUACCUAGAAGCUUUUACAAGAGAUGUUAAUGGUAUGUUAAAUAUUUUAGGAAAACCAUGUGUUUUACUUCUUAAAGAGUUACAUAAGCUGUGUAAUGAAUGUGCAUUUCUGCUUCCUCUGGGUCAGUCAGCAAUAAUUGUAAUUUUUCUGAAUUAGAAACUGUAUUAUAAGGCAGAAAAUUUAAAAGAAUUUAACUCGCAUUUAAUUACCUAUUGUAAACCAUUUUAAAUGUUGGGGUUUAGCCUGUUAUUAUGACAAUAUCACCACCGUAUUCACCCAUAUUUGUCAUUUCUUUAAUAAAUUUUCCUCUCAUUCUCUUCCUGUUAGCCUUCGGGAUUUUUUUCUCAAUUUUUUUUUUUUUUUUAAGUCUUCCAUAUUUUGUAUCACAUUAUUUUUUUCUAACUACUUGCAUGGUGAUUAAUUCUAUUUUUACAUCUUGUAUUCCCUCUUAUAAAAUCUUCACUUCAGCUUUGGAUUGAACAAAAUUCUUUAUGCCAUUUCAAAAAAUUUAACUCUUGUCGUAAAUAUUACAUGCUUUUGACGUAACACAUCUGUUUAUCUGCUAUUGGUUCUACAGGACAUAAGUCUUCUGAACUCUCCCCAGCAUAUAAACAAUGUAAACUGCUGUGUCAGAUGACAUAAAUAUCCUCAAGCACCCAUAACAUACAUUAAUGAACCAUGUAUACUAGUCAGUACAUCACUGCUUUAAGAACAUCCAAGAUUUGUGUGUGACAUUUGUGCAUUUUGAUAAAAAGAAAAUUACAUUCUAAAAAUUAUACAAAGAUACUGGUAGGUUAAACAUUAAUUAACCUCAGGAGAUGCAACUCCCAGUAGAAACACAUAAAAAUAGAUAAAGCACUCCUAGCUUUUAGAACCACAGUGAAGGAAAGAGAACAUUGUGGACCAGAUGGGGGCUUAUCACUUAGACACCAAGCUAAGAGGGCCGACAUGGUAUCAGAAGGAAAGUUAUCAAGAUCUCUCAGAAUUACAAUAUUAUGAAAAGGACAGUUGCAGCUCACCAUAUAGUGGAGAUUCUAAGUCCCAGAUAGGCACAACAAAAAGACCGUUAAACAAAGCUUUCGCCAAACGUGUCUUCAUCAGGACAGGAUUGGACAAAACACACACACACACACACACACACACACACACACACACACACACUAAUGCAACUCGCACCCACAUGACCACUGUCUCUGUCUGUCUGAUAAGGCCUUGGCAGCCAGAGACUGUGGUCAUGUGUGUGUGAGUUGCAUUCACAUGAGUGUGUGUAUGUAUGUAUGUUCUGAUGAAGGCCUGUUGGCUGAAAGCUACAUUUGACAGUAUUUUUGUUGUGCCUAUCUGUGACUCAGCAUCUCCACUAUGUGGUAGGUAGGAACUAUCCUUUUCAUUAUAUUGUCAUUAUUCCAUCCUGAAUUUUCCAGUGUUUGAUCUCUGAGAAUUAGGAAUACUUUCAUCUAUUUUUUUGUCUUUGUGUCCUCCAUGCUGGGAGCUGGACUUCUGAACGUAAUAUCUGUGAAUCUGUCUGUUUCUCCUUAUUGUGGCCAUCUCUUUUGUGUGUGUGUGUGUGUGGGGGGGGGGGGGGGGGUAUUGACCUUUUGAUUACUGUGAUAAUAGAUGUUUUUGUACUGUGAUGGCAUUCAUAUUAUCUUAUCACAUUGUGCAUUUGAUUCACAAUGCAGCUUUGACAUACUGUAUAUAAAAUGCAUGUACUGGAAUUAUUAUUCUCAAUUUAAUUCAACUUCCACUUGUUAUGUAGACUGCAUUGCAAAUCUGUAGUGAAAUGUUUCACAUAAUUAUAUUGUAACUUAUCUUUUGUGUGCACAGUUCAGCCAUGAUUGUUUGUCUGUUUAGUUGGUACAAAAUUAUGUCAAUAAUUUUUAAUUCCCUUUUGAGGUUGUUUUAUGAAAAGUGAAAAGAACUGUAUGUGGACCAUGAAAGAGAAACUCAAAAAAGUUUUGUUAUCUUUUGAACGGUAAGUGUACAGUAUUAGCAGGAUAUCUAACACUAUUUCACUAUUUUCAUGCAAAAUUAUGCUUGACUAGUUCUACAUUUGAACUUCAGUGAAUGUGAGUUUUUGGCAUACUAACAGGUAUGGGUGUGAUUUUGAAGUAAUUUUCUAUUACUAUCAAACAAUGGUAUAACUGAAAACAGUCAUUUAUCAUAUAGAGGAAGUGUUGAGCAUUCAAUAGCUACAUAAUGACAUAAUAAAACUGAGCUUUCAAGUGAGGAAUGGAAAUUUGAAAGCUGAGGUACAGUGCUCAGCUUCUUAUUUACUGGCCUAUUAACUCACAGAGAGGGAGAGGGAGUUGUGUCUGUGGGUGCACAAUUGCAUAGAGAGAAACACACAUUUUUAAAGUUGAGUUCAAUGUCCAAUUUAUUGUUUAUGUGUGUGUUGAGUGUGGAGUUCGUAUUUAACACAGCAAUUUGUUUGUUUUUCUCAUUCUAUUGUUUGUUUUUCACACAGUCGUAUUACUUUUAUGCAGUUGUAUAGAAGAGUGGUAAACUGUUUCUCAUUCUACUUCAGACAUUCCUUGAUCAACACAAUCUAAUAGUAUUAUCAUUCAUAUAGUUUCUGUGAGAUGUUAUAACAUUGUCUUGUAGAUAAUGGAAUAAGUUAGAGUUAGGAAAGAGCUGUGAAUCACUUCUGUGAACUACCUAUUUAGAGGUGUGAACAGGAAAGAGAGUACAAGAACUUGGUUUAUAAAUACAUCCAAUUGGCUCCCAACAUUUCCUAUAUACCCAUUACUUUAAACUGCCCCUUGAAGUGUUCUCUACUACAUUCCAUUUUAAACAGUUUACAAAGGAGAAGAAAAAAAAUGUUUUGUAGAACUAGAUUGACGGCACUACAAUUCCAUAAACCACAACACAAAUAUAGGUUUGAAGGAUUUGUGGAUAACAUUGCCAGGUCCAGCUAUUAGCAACACAAAUAUCAAGAUAUUUUAUAUUCCAAUGGAAAUCUUUGUGCUAAGUGCGUAGCCUUCUAUAAAACUUUUCAUUACUGUACACCACCAAUCUCUAAAACCUUUAACAAUUUCCAAAUAGCCUUUUGUAAAAUCAGACAUGUCUAUUUUGACUUCCUUAAUGACAAGGCAUUAAGAUCAAAGGUUUUUCUUAAAAAUGAACACACUCUCCAGUCGCUUGACUAUGUGGUUUAAAUGCAACUCAUAGAAUAUGUGACUGCACAUUUUUACACACUUUUAUCUUCCAUAAAUAGUUUUCCCAUUUAUGAUGGAUAAUCUUGAGGGAUGGAAAUCUUUAUGAUGGAUAAUCUUGAGGGAUGGAAAUCAUAAUCUAUAUUGUUCAUAUUGGUGGCUGUGAAAUAUUUUCAAAGGUGUCUGUCAUAUAUUGAAUUAGGAAGAAAUGUGGAGAUAAAUUGAUGUAGUGUAUUAUAUGAAGUUUACAAACAGUGCUCAUAACUGUUAGCCCACAAACAUUCAGACAGUAAACUGUAAAUGAGCACAUCUUUUGAAAAAUUAAAGAUUUCAGUCGAAUGAAUCAUUUGAUGUUGAAAAUCAGUUAUAUUUUUAAAAAGUUCUUGAAUUUCAUCUAUGUCCAUUGAUCUUUUGAUACUCUACAUAUGUAAAUUUUCUAUUUCUUUUUUUCUAUUCUCACGUGGGUUAAGUGAUUAUGUGACCCUCUUCAUACAACACUAAUACCUUAGCUUUGGACAUUCUUCGGGUGACUCAUACAUACAUACAUACAUACAUGCUACUACUAAUACUGCUACUACUACUACUACUACUACUACUACUACUACCUCUCUCUCUCUCUCUCUCUCUCUCUCUCUCUCUCUCUCUCUCUGUGUGUGUGUGUGUGUGUGUGUGUGUGUGUGUGUGUGUGUGUGUGUGUCACACAUGUGAGGGAGAAUUUUCCAAAUAACGUUAGAAAAUUACCCAAAAUCACAACUGGUAUUGCCAUAGACUGCUGUUGACUAGUAUCAUGCAUGAUACUAUAGGUGCUUGUCAUGUCAGUAAGUGCUAACAUGUUGUGGCCUGUGAGUGGCUUGUUUUAUGCUGUUGUGUAAUAUUCAUUUAGCUAUGCAUGAUGGGCACUUUACGAUAAUACAGACUUGAAUAAUUUUUGCAAAUCUUCAGAACACUUUUAUUGGAGGUAUCAAUCUACAGAAAUCAUUGGAAUAAUAAUGACUAUUAUGAUUUCAUCACUUAACAGUUCAUGGGGUCUUACUGUUCUUAUCCAUGUCAGUGCAAUUGGCUAUCAGUACCAUUAGUAACAUAAGUAGUUUUCCUGUGCUCGAGGGAGGAGUGACUGUAACAUUUUUCAAGGGAACACCUACGUAUUCAUGUCUGCGUUUCUGUAUGUCUCAGUUGACAUUAAAUCUGUGUAACCACACUAAGACAAUAGUAUGAAAACUUUGAUUUCAGCGAUGAAAGUGACCUUGCCAAGAUGAAAUUGUUAGUUGUAGUGUACAAGUAAAGGCCAUUUCACACAAAAGCUUAUGAACAAAUAUAAUACCUUAUAAGCAGACACAUCAUAUUUUCUGAUGCAGAAAGUAGUCCUUACGUCUUAAGAAAAUCUGAUCAAAAGCUCAGACAUUACAUUGGUAAAUGCCUCUUAUCUGCUGUGAGACAAACAUCCUGAUUUUAUUCUUUGCAAAAUGUUUAAUAGCCACUGCAUCAGAAAAAAAUGCCUCUUUGAAACUUCCACAUGGGAAAAAUAUAUUAUAUUAAAAACAAAGAUUCCAAGACUUACCAAGCGGGAAAGCGCCGGUGGACAGGCACCUGUCUACCAGCGCUUUCCCGCUUGGUAAGUCUUGGAAUCUUUGUUUUUAAUAUAAUAUAUAUAUAUACUGGAGAUAUUUGGUAUCAUGACAAACUUUGCAUUAUUUAUCAUUUUGAAUUUAAAAUAAGCUAACUGUAAAUUGAAUAAGGCAUUUUGUUUGCCUAUUAAGGAUACAGAAAAAGAGAUGACAUUCCUUGAAUAAGUUUCUGCAUUGAUUUCUGUGUGCAGAAUAUUUUACACAAACUAACUCCAGCCAACACAGCACUAAAGUAAUUAAUUAUUUAGGGGACCACUCGGCACAAUGAAGGCCAGAUGAUGUCAAAGCAUGUGGUCCAUCACUUUUGAAGUUGUGAAUGCAUUUUAUUUGGGCAGUAUUCUUAUAUGUAGAAUAAUUUAUGUAGUCACAAAUGUUAUUCAUUGUUAUUGUGUCUUUUAUCAGUUGUGGUUGUAGCAUGACUGAGUUAGAAAUUCUUCAGUAAGGAAUUACCUAACUGAUAUGAGAGAGAACAUUCAUUUGACUGUUAAUAACUUUCUUUCUUUUUAAUAUUUUUUUUUUAUUUGACAAACUUGUCAUGCCUUACCUUUGGAAUAAUUUUGUUUAUUAACUAUUCUGUAAACUUUUAUGUGAUAUGUUGUAGACUGCUCAUUCAUUUUUACAUAUGUUGAUGUGUUCAUAAUUUAAGUUUCGUUUGUGCAAUAAGAUGCCAAAUUGAAAUUUAUUAUUAUUUGUGGCUCCCAUGAGAGUUUUGUACAUUCCAUAAAGUAAUAUUAUUUAUUUACCUGUUGUAUGCUGCAUAAUGUCAUUACAUGUGCACUGCAUCUCAGGUUGCAAUAAGCAUGCUUUAAAAGUACAACAAUUUUUGUAUCUAGACUAUGAUAUUCUGCUGCAUGCAUUAUGUAUUAAAGCCAUUGGUUCCCUUUCCCAACUUUUCCAUCUUUUCCAUUCUGUGUGGGCAUUGUGUGUGUGUGUGUGUGUGUGUGUGUGUGUGUGUGUGUGUGUGUGUGUGUGUGUGUGUGUGGAAACAACUAUAUUAUCAUCCUUUCAAAUAGUUUCUUCUGUUGUAUAUUUAUUUCAUAUUUAAUAAAUAUAGAUGUGUAUCUGUCAGCUAUGAAUUCAGUGUAUCUGUUCCAUACAGUCAGUGCCUCAUAUAUGUUGUGAUUGCUAAUGUGCCUAAAUUCACAGCUGCACAAUCAAGGAACAUGUGUUUGGCCUUAACAGCCCAUGUAUGUGUAAUGUAUGUUUGUAAGUUUGUAAGUAGUGUGUUUAUCUUGAUAGUAGAUUUAAAAGCCAGUAUGUACUGUGCUAAUAAUUUAUUUUUGCCAUGAAUACUCCUUGAUCUCAAGCAUGCAUUUGUUUAAGCUUGAUCACAGAAACAUAAUUAAUGUAAAUUAUUUAUUGAUGUACAGAAGAUGUGAAGCACUAUUGUGCCCUACAAAAUGUGUGAAACAUUUGUUUAAAUAAAUUUUGCUGAUUUUUUUA